AUGCCAUCAACUAUCCAACGUCUGAGAAUAUUCCGCUACGCCAAAUUCGAUAUCGAUGCUCUCUGUUGCCUAGCCAGUCGCCUUCGCAGUGGAAUUAGUUGUUUCUGUGAUACAUCCCAAGCUCCAUUUAAUGGCAGUCUGAACUGGGCGGUCUCUGUCUUCUUCGUUGAUGGAGUGGAGUGGCUAUUGAGAUCACCACUAAAUGAGAAUGGUGCUAUCUUGUGCCCUCAAACAAACUCUAUGCUGCUGGAAAGCGAAGCUGUCACGAUCAAAUAUAUCAGAGCUCACAGUUCGAUUCCUGUUCCUGAGAUAUUUGCGUACAGCUGUUCCAAGGAGAAUGAGAUAGGAAUCCCCUAUAUUUUAAUGAGCAAAGCGCCUGGAUAUCCUCUACGACUACACUGGACACACAUGUCUCCGGAAGGCAAGGCAAAGAUUCUUCGCCAGCUUGGAUCUAUUACGUGGCAGUUAUGCCAACUUAAGUUUGAUCAGAUCGGAUCACUUUUCGAAGGCGCACACGAUCCGGUCAUCAAGACUUGUCUUACACGAGGGCUCCUGGUGCACGAGAGGCACACUCUUGAUCUACCGCGCGGCCCUUUCGCCUCCGCUACCGACUUCUACAAAGCGUUGAUUUCAGCAUUCCAAGAGCAUGCCAGCAUCCUUCCUCUCAGCCCACGCUGCUUCUUUGCACCUUUACCGCUACCUGAGGAGUAUGAGGACAACUCCCAAUUCCAGCGUUCCCGCGAUCGGUGGCAUGAUUUCGUCGCCCUAGGUUCCAAAAUUGAUGGCUCCGAAAACCGGGCAGAUUACACGAUCGUAGGCGACCUACUUGCCGAGACGCGGUUAAAGUGGGUCAAGGACACAUAUUUUGAGGAGGAUUCGUGUCGUUACUCACUCCAUCAUCCCGACAUUAGCGUCAACAAUAUCUUUAUUGACGAGGAAUACAAUAUUACUUGCCUCAUCGACUGGGCUUUCUGUUCUUCUCUGCCUCUAUCAGUGGCAGUCACAGAACCUGGUCUCCCUCAAUCACGACAUGAGUUGUCGGAACAGCUUCGGGAGGAAUUCAGGCAGGGCUUUCAAGAGACACCUUAUGUCAUGUCACAGCAAGUUGAUCUGAAAGAAAGGGCUCUCCUGUGCCGGAUCCUACAACAUAGCCGCCCCAUGUGGUUGCUUUCGCGUGUCCUCAACUUUGAUGCGACUGUGGAUUAUCCCCUCUUAAACGACCUCUGGGCGAUCGUCAAUCCUAAUAGGGGCCAUCUUCUGAUGGAGUUCAAAACAAGGCAGUCCUGGGAUCAGUAUAUGGAGCUACAUGCACUUUUGAAGGAAGAUGAUCAUCCAUUUGAUGUGGCAGAAAGGAAUCAUUUUGAUCAGAGGUCUCAAUUUGAUUUGACAGUGGCAAAGAAGUUGACUCUGAUCUCGCAAUGGUCUUCACGAUACAGUAAGCCAAGUUUUUCAGGGCUCAGGGCUGCAAGUGCCGCAUUCAUAGCCGACAAAACUUUGUGGAAAUGGGUCGAUCGAUGUAUCAUGGACCUCCAGGAAAAGGUAUAAUAGAGCAUUUUUGACCAAUGAAACCAAGAGACUAGAACUUUCCAUUCUGAUGGUUUCCUCAGACGGAGGUAUUCUGUACGAAUAUUCUCCUCAUCCCCUGUCUCAUCGUCAAUAACCAAUGAUAACCCGAGCUAAAUACACCCUUUC